AUGGGAAAACCUCGCAUGAUCAUCUUGAUCAGACAUGCUCAAUCUGAGGGAAAUAAGAACCGCGACAUUCACCAAACCAUCCCGGAUCACAGAGUAAAGCUCACCCCCGAAGGCUGGACGCAAGCGCAUGAAGCUGGCUUACAACUGCGAAAUCUCCUUCGCCCAGAUGAUAAGCUGCACUUCUUCACCUCUCCCUAUCGACGAACUCGCGAAACUACAGAGGGUAUUCUGUCCACCCUGACCUCCGACUCCCCAAGCCCUUCACCAUUUCCCAGACAUUCUAUCAAAGUAUACGAGGAACCUCGCCUGCGUGAGCAGGACUUUGGUAAUUUCCAACCAUGUAGUGCGGAAAUGGAAAGAAUGUGGCAGGAACGAGCAGAUUAUGGUCACUUUUUCUACAGAAUCCCCAAUGGAGAGAGCGCAGCGGAUGCAUAUGAUAGAGUGAGCGGGUUUAAUGAGAGUCUAUGGAGACAAUUUGGAGAUGAUGAUUUCGCAAGCGUUUGUGUUUUAGUGACUCAUGGACUCAUGUCCCGCGUCUUUCUGAUGAAAUGGUACCAUUUCUCUGUUGAAUAUUUCGAAGAUCUUCGAAAUGUCAAUCACUGCGAAUUUCUCAUCAUGCGCAAAUCAGACGAUUCCGGAAAAUACAUAUUGGAGAAUCAACUACGCACAUGGUCUCAGCUAAAGCAAGAACGUCUUGCUAUUGCCGCCGCAGCCAAACCCUCUCCCUCUACGCCUGACAAUGGGCAAGCCUCUGAAAAGGAGAAGGAGAAGGAGGGUAAAUUGCUAGGGGCAGGUCGCUCUCCUGCAGGGUCUUCAAGUCCUGUACCAACACACAAAAAAUGGGGUGGCUGUCCCAACGGAUGCGAUCAUGGAAAACAUUACUACAAAAAAGAAAACUCUAUGCAUGCUAUGCAACUUCACGGUCGCCAAAAUAUCUCAGCAUCUACUUCAUUGACACACGUAGAAACCAUCGCGGCCCGUCGACCAGCCGCCCGUCGCUGGCAAUCCUUCUCUGACGAAGAGGACGACGAUCCCAGAGGUAAACCCGGUCCGCCUAAUCUAGAUGUCCAAAAAAGUCUCGAAGAAACAGUGAGUAGUCCCGACGGAACGCCCAGUUUCAUAAGCAUAGAAGACCGGUUGCGCAGUCGCAUUCGGAGUCCCAAUGAUUUACUUGGCAUACGCCACGGGGGUAGAGACGGCGGCGGAAGCGCCAGUGGUGCUAAUAGCGAUGCGGAAUUUAGCGCAGAAGAAGAUGCGAGGAAGAGACUAGCGAGAGGAAGGAGCGGUAACAACGGAUUGGGGAUUUCCGUCCUACCGCGAAAAUUGACGAGGGAAGAAUCGGAUGGAAUGGGAAAGGGAGUCAAGGCUGACGCGUUGGGCGAUCAAAGUGAUGAUGGAGAUGGAGAUGGAGAUGAUGAUGCGGGAGCACAGAGUGAUGAAGGCGGUGAGCCGAGCCCCGAACUUCUCGAGAUUCAACAAGCUGAGAAGUUGGACAAAAGUAUCGAGGGGAGUGUCUAUUAA